GUCUGGAUGUUGAUGGCAGGACAAAGGGGCACCUGGACCAUGGGCGACGUGGUAGAGAAGAGUUUGGAAGGGCCCCUGGCACCUUCUACAGAUGAGCCCUCCCAGAAAAAGGGAGACCUGGUAGAAAUCUUAAAUGGGGAUAAGGUAAAAUUCGAUGACACGGGACUCUCCUUAAUCCUGCAGAAUGGCCUGGACACCCUCCGUGUGGAAAAUGCUCUGACCGAUGUCAUCUUGUGUGUGGACAUUCAGGAAUUCUCCUGCCACCGCGUGGUGCUUGCUGCGGCCAGCAACUAUUUCAGGGCCAUGUUCUGCAACGAUUUAAAGGAAAAAUAUGAGAAGAGGAUCAUUAUCAAAGGGGUCGAUGCUGAGACCAUGCACACUCUUCUGGACUACACGUAUACCAGCAAGGCACUAAUCACCAAGCAGAAUGUGCAGCGGGUCCUGGAAGCUGCUAACCUCUUUCAGUUCCUGCGGAUGGUAGAUGCCUGCGCCAGCUUCCUAACAGAAGCCUUGAACCCCGAAAACUGUGUUGGAAUACUGAGGCUGGCGGACACACACUCCUUGGACAGUCUGAAGAAGCAGGUUCAAAACUACAUCAUUCAAAACUUUGUGCAGAUUCUGAACUCUGAGGAGUUCCUCGAACUUCCCGUGGAUACUCUGUACCACAUCUUGAAGAGCGAUGACCUCUAUGUAACUGAGGAGGCUCAGGUGUUUGAGACUGUGAUGAGCUGGGUCCGACACAAACAGUCAGAACGACUCUGCUUGCUCCCCUAUGUCCUUGAGAAUGUGCGCUUGCCACUUCUGGACCCAUGGUACUUUGUGGAGACGGUGGAGGCAGAUCCUCUUAUCAGACAGUGCCCAGAGGUCUUCCCGCUGCUUCAGGAAGCCAGGAUGUACCACCUUUCAGGCAAUGAGAUCAUUUCGGAGCGCACCAAGCCCAGGAUGCAUGAGUUUCAGUCUGAGGUAUUCAUGAUCAUUGGUGGCUGCACGAAGGAUGAACGGUUUGUGGCGGAGGUUACCUGCCUGGACCCCCUGCGGCGCAGCCGCCUGGAGGUGGCCAAGCUCCCCAUGACGGAGCAUGAGCUGGAGAGUGAGAAUAAGAAGUGGGUGGAAUUUGCAUGCGUGACAUUAAAAAAUGAGGUCUACAUCUCAGGUGGCAAAGAAACACAGCACGAUGUUUGGAAAUAUAAUUCUUCAAUCAACAAAUGGAUUCAAAUUGAGUAUUUGAACAUAGGCCGCUGGAGGCAUAAGAUGGUGGUGUUAGGUGGCAAGGUCUAUGUGAUUGGAGGUUUUGAUGGCUUACAGAGGAUCAACAACGUGGAGACCUACGACCCCUUCCAUAACUGCUGGUCAGAGGCAGCGCCCCUUCUCGUCCACGUCAGUUCCUUCGCAGCCACCAGCCAUAAGAAGAAGCUCUAUGUGAUUGGGGGCGGACCCAAUGGGAAACUGGCCACAGACAAGACUCAGUGUUAUGACCCUUCAACUAAUAAAUGGAGUUUAAAGUCGUCCAUGCCAGUGGAGGCUAAAUGCAUCAAUGCAGUCAGUUUCCGGGAUCGCAUCUAUGUUGUUGGAGGGGCCAUGAGAGCGCUGUACGCCUACAGCCCCCUGGAGGACAGCUGGUGCCUGGUGACCCAGCUCAGCCACGAGAGGGCCAGCUGUGGCAUCUCGCCCUGCAACAACCGGCUCUACAUCACCGGGGGGCGGGACGAGAAGAACGAGGUCAUCGCCACUGUGCUGUGCUGGGACCCUGAGGCCCAGAAACUAACGGAGGAGUGCGUCCUGCCCCGGGGGGUGUCGCACCACGGCAGCGUCACCAUCAGGAAGUCUUACACCCACAUCCGGAGGAUCGUGCCCGGGGCUGUGUCGGUGUGACUGCACGAGGGCGCCGGGCAGGGCCGCGGGGGCUCGGGGCCAGGUGCCAGGAGACCUUCCUCCUCAUCUGUCGCCGGGUCCGUGCCACUAAAGACAGCAGGCUGGGCUUGAGCUACAGGCCCUACACCUGGGCUCCCCGUGGCUUCCCGUGGGACUCCUUGGAAGUCACAGCUUUGGGACACUUGAGACCAGCCAGGAAUGUUUGCGUGACCUACCUCAGGAGGAAAGAAGAAGAAUAUUUAACAUUCAGGACACACCUGUCCCAUGCCAGGUUCUGUGCCAGGCACUUGUGUAUAUCAAUUCAUUUAACCAUAACGACCUGGUGACUGGAUAUUAUCACUUCAGUUUUACAGGCAAGGAAACCGAGUUUCAGAGAGGCUAAGGGCUUUGCCCCUGGUCACUCUGAUUGUAAUUAGCUAAGCCAGGAAUCUAAACCCAGGUCUUUCCAUUGCAAGGUCAGUGGCGUUCUGUCAUGCUGUCUAUCUCCGAGUAGGAAA